AUGGCAAUUAAUUAUAAUAAAAAUUUAAAAAAACAUAAAUAUAAUUUAAAUUCUACUGAUGUAAGUAGGCAAAGAAUGAAAUGUGGAAUAUCUUGUAGGUCUUUUAUUUUAAUGUCAUUAAGUUUAUAUGUAAUUUCAUUAUUUUAUUUAUCCUCAUGGAAUAUAUAUGAAGAGAAUAUAGUUCAAUCUAGAAAAAAUAUUGAAAUAAUGUCACGAAAUUUAUCUGAAAUUGAAAAUGAAAGCAAUAAUAAUAUGCAAAGAAAAAAUACAAUGAAUCAUUUGGAUAAAACAAAUGAGAGUAGUCCAAAUUCAUUUAAUAAUGAAACAGUUACAUUAGAAAAUAAAAAUUACAAUGAUAUGUCAAAAAGUUUAACAGAAAAAGAAUUAUUAGAUUUGCUAAAGUCAUUAGAAGAAUGUCCCUCAAAAGAAGAUCUUAUAAAUAUAUGGUCUCACACAGUUGGUGUUGCCAAAGAAGGUUUGGAUGAUAUAUCGAAAGAGAUAAAGUCUUCAAUACAAAAACAUUUAGAUAAAGAUAUUUAUGUAGGUACCAAUAAAUAUGGUGCUAGUACAUUUUUAUAUGACUAUACAUGGAAGGGUAUUCUUUUUAAUCUUUGUGGAACAGUAGCACGUGAAGAGAUAAAAUACACUCAAAGAUUUCGUAGUUUAAUUAAUGAUAAGCAUACACUUGAUGAUAUAUUAAAAUUUAUUUACUCAUUCUUAGAAUAUUUUCAAAUAUUAAAAAAAGAAUUACAUGAAAAAUAUCAAACGGAACUAUUACAUAAAAUGGCUAUAAUAUUGAAUGAAGAUUAUUAA